AGAUAACUGAAAAGGAACAUACCUUCAGACGAUGGAUGCCCUUGUGCAGAAUCGGAAGAACAGUGGUCGAAGGAGGUUCGAUUUCCUGCGAUUACAGAAUGAAAGCGGGGAACUUUUGGCUAAUAUUGAACCAAUGAAAGGCUUCUUAGCAUGCGAUUUCAACAGGUCUGCGUGACCUUUUCUGUCUGCGAGGCGCAGACCACGCGCAGACAUAAUGGUUUGCAGUCUGUUUGUUUUUCUGAAGUGCGCAGACAUAAAAACGUCUGCGCGAGGUCUUCACCACACAGAUAUGGGAUAGCAUCUUCUAAAGUCUGCAAGCCCUUUAACCUAAAAAAAACGCGUCUUUUUUUUUUUUUUUGCUUCCGCCUCCAGUCCUCGUCCAACCCUCCCAGAAAAAACCCUCGAUCGAUCGAUCGUACUCCACCUUGCAGCGACCACCACCGUCGCAACCCUCCUCUCCGAUCAAAACCAUCGAUCACCGCCUUCCUCUCCGAUCCGGCGUCCUCCGAUUUUCCGACCAUCACAGUCGAUUGCAGCAGCCGGCGAACAACAAGGUCACAGCGACAGCUUCAACUAGCGACCAAGCGACGACUCCUCCCCUGCUCGCCGCCGUUAACCAGCGCCUCCCCUGUGAAGCCACCGCCCGGAGACCGUCGCCCCCACAGCUACACCGGAGACUUCGACCUCACAGCUACAGGUUCAGAUGGAUCACGAUCAAAAGUUACUUCUCGGGUAGCGCAUGACUCUAGAAUAUUAUCAGAAGCAGUAGCCGAUCCACAAGCAUCAUUCCCGUUUCCACCACCAGACAAAUAUUAUCUUUGCGAUGCCGCGUAUGCACACACUCGAGGAUUUAUGGCCCCUUAUCGUAAUGUGAGCAAGGAGAUAUCAUAA